AUGAAUUUACCCCUCAAUCCCAAGCCUUUUCUCAGUGGGCUAACAGGAAAGUCAGUGGUGGUGAAACUCAAGUGGGGAAUGGAAGAUAAGGGCUACCUGGUCGCUGUAGACGGCCACGUGAACGUGCAGCUUGCAAACACAGAAUACAUAGACGGUGCAUUGUCUGGACAUCCGGGUGAAGUUCUAAUGAGGUGCAGUGAUGUCCUUUAUAUCAGAGGUGUUGAAGAAGAGGAAGACGGGGAAACCUGA